GCUCUUCCACCGCCGCAGAUCUAAAACCCUGAUUUCUCGGGUGUUGGUCGAAACCAUGACCACUGAGGAAGAGGAUAAGGUAGUCGUCUUCUGGGACGUCGUAGAAUGCCCACUCCCUGAUGAUCUCGAGCCUUCUGAGGUUUCUGAGAAUAUCGAAUCAGCUCUAGAUAGACAGGGUUAUCUUCCUUGUAAUGUGUCAAUCAGGGUUUACGGUAAGAAGAAUCAUGAGUUCAAGGAUGAGUUUCUCCUCGCUAAUAUCAUGUUCGUACCCGCAGGAGAUGCAAAUGCGAGAUAUAAUAGGAUGGUGAAGGAUAUUGAUAAAUGGGCAUUGGACAAUGAUGAAUCAGAUUUGAUGGUGAUCUCACGAGUCAACUCGAAGUUCGCCACUUAUCUCGCAGAUUGGAAAGCCAAAGACUUGUACAUUUUCGGAGCAGAGCCAGAAAAAGCACCAGGGAAAUGUAGCAACUGCAAAGUUACGAGUUUGGACGAGCUUUUCACUCAACAAUGGGUUUGGGAAAGCCUAUCACUUGGAGGAGACCCUAUCACCCGAGCUUAGUUAGUUAUUCAUCGUUUCAAUCGAUUGUGAAUUCUACUUGACAUUACCGACUCGAAAUUGGAUUGUUUUAACAUUUUCGUAUCUUCUCAUUAAUCAAAAGGGUGAAUCUUGUUAUAGUUCUUAACGUUUUCUGUGUUAAAAUUAAAAGUUUGUUGCUCCUUUGAAUGCAUUUGCUGCUCUUAAACUCACUCCUUUGCAUGAAUAUUGAUUAAUCUUAUAAUAAAACUGAAUAUGAUACUUGUGGG